GUCGCAGUACAAUCAUGGUGCCUUCUCGCACCGGUAGCGGGCCCCAGCCACCAGGCAAUGGUGUGCGCAAGGACAUAUCUUCAUCUCGACGUGCUCGAACUCCAACUUCCAAGGCAACUCCGUCGAUGGACUCCACCUCGAGAAGCAAACUCGACAGCAGCGUCCGCGUGGCUCUACGUGCCCGGCCAUUGAACAGCACCGAGGCCGGCCGAGGGGAUACAUCCAUGUUUCGGUUUCUGUCCAACAAUCGCACGGAAAUGCAAGUCGUGUCGGCAGGUGCGGGGGGGCGAGAGCUUGUCCGGAACUUCCAGUUCGACCUCUGUGCGUCGGAAGACAUGAGCCAGGACGACUUUUUCACCCUCAGUGGCAUCACCACCCUGUUGGAUUCGGCGCUCGAAGGGUACCUCGCCACUGUGUUUGCGUACGGCCAAACGGGAUCGGGAAAGACAUAUAGCAUGUCAGGGCUCGAGGAGAAGCUCGGGCUGUCCAAAGAGCGCACCACUAGCCAGGAUUACGACGACCCAUCGGACGGACUCAUACCUCGAUCCAUUCGGUACUUGUUCCAAUCCGUGGCCAGCAAGUCCCCCGACACGACAUUUUCCAUGAAGGCGUCGUAUUGUGAGAUCUACAACGAACAGGCGUACGAUCUAUUGAACGCGGCGUCGGGGGCCCUUAACGUGCGGUGGAACGACCGCAACGGGUUUUACGUUCAAAACCUCCUCGUGGUGCAAUGCGACUCGAUGGACGAUGUCAUGGCGGUCGUGGACGAAGGCCAUCGAAAUCGACGUGUGGGAAGUCACGAAAUGAACAAAGAUUCGAGUCGAAGCCACAGUAUCUUGACGAUUACACUGGACCAAGAAGUGCUCGACCCGAACGACGGUCAUUCGGUUGUCAAGUAUGGCAAAAUGUCAUUUGUGGACCUGGCUGGCAGCGAACGGCUGCGAGACACCAAGUCAGCCAACGCCGAGGAAACCAGCAGCAUCAACAAGAGUUUGCUCACGUUGGGCAAAGUGAUUGCUGCGCUCGGCACCAAAUCCAACACACAAGUAUUUGUGCCGUACAGAGACAGCAAACUGACCAAAUUGCUCAUGGAUUCGUUGGGCGGCAACAGCCUCACCCUCAUGAUCGCAUGCGUGUCGCCGUCGCCCGUGGUCAUGGAAGAUACGUUGAGCACGCUGAAUUAUGCGACGAGGGCGAAAAACAUCCAGAACAAACCGACCGUGCAAAUGGACCCCAAGGAAAGCUUGAUUCUUGGGCUGCGAAAAGAGAAUCAAGUGCUGCGGACCGAGAAUGCGUUUUUGAAGCAGCAACUGCGAAGUGCUGGCAAACCCACAGACGUGCUUCGGAGUCCGUCGUUAACAUCGGACGGAAUGAAGCCCCCGAUGCGAAUUGCACCGUUAAGUGGACGAGUGCCUAACAUGCCCGAGCACGAGGCCCCGCCAAGCGCCGCCGACUUUGACUCGCUCAAUGGCGUCAUGUCAGCGUAUCAGAGUCAGCUCAUCUUUUUGCAGCAAGAGAACGCCCAGUUACACGCCAAUCAAGGGUACUCGGAGCACCGCCUCAAGAGCCUCAUGCAAGAGAAUGAGUUACUUCAAAAUGCCGUGGACAGACGUGCCCAACCCCCCGCUGUGGAUGUUCGACGAACGAACGACGCCAUGGACAAACUGAAAGCAGAAAACGACCGCCUCAAGGAGCAAGUCCAACACCAUCGCGACAAGAGUCCGACAGAUUUUGACAUUUUGGAUCAAGUGAGGCAAAUGAACGUUCGCGUGGAGCAGCUGCAGAAGCGGGAGCAAGAGCUUAUGAUGGCACUGGCUCGAAAGAAUCGGUCUCGGGAAUAGUACUGUACCCACUGGCGUGGGAUUCGGUGAAUUCGUGCCAAAAUCACUGUUCGCAAUAAUGGCUCACUUGUGAUAUCGUUAAAUUGAUGUUUCCAAUUAUGAUCAACGUUCU